AUGCAAAGUCUUGCUGACCAUGGUGUUUAUAAUGUACAGAAAGGCCGGAUUCUUAAGCACGACAAAAUUGUUAAGGAUGUUAUAGCCACAGGACUGCACAACCUUACCGCAGGAGAAAAAAACCUGCUUGCCAAAUACAACCUAUCUUUCAAGAAAUUGCAGCUACGUCGAAAAAUGAAGCCGGUGACAGAUGUGGCAACAUACCUUGAACAGAUAGCUCAUUCAGAUACUCCACCGGCCGACCAAGAUGUCAAAACCGAACCUGAUACAAUCGAAGACCCGGAUCUAAAUGCAAUAUUCAGCUCCAACUUGGAAGACAUGGAUGAAAGUGAUUAUACCACUUUACCUCGGUUGACAGAAGAUGAUGUUGCUUUUGAUAUGGAUGAGAUAGAUGCCGAUGAUGAGGAAGUAGACACAGAUGAGUCGAUUAGCAGUGACGAGGGCGAUUUCGAGUGGGAUUGA